AUCAUCACGGAACCCAACACUCGGGGUGAUUCACUUUUCAAUUGCGAUUCGUUACAAUCGUUCUCCAGUCGCGAAUCCGUCAUCGCAAUGAUGAGUACGACAAGCUCGCUGUCACCGUCGUUGUCGUCUUGCUGUGACUAUCAUCGACAUGGAUGAUCCAAAAUCGACUAACGAAGUUAGGAUGGAUAUGGAACUGGUUACCCGAGCAUCGUUCAGUUCGCUGCAGAAGGAAGACGACGGCCGCAUCAUUUCUUCAGAUAGCUUUGACGAGUGGACGUGGUCUGGUCUGCGGAAACAAUUCAAGUACAAGAACUUAGAAAAGCUGUACACAAUCUAUCACAGAAGAAUACAAUAUGGUUAUCUUUCGAUAUUUAUCUUGCUACAACUGCUACUUGGAUUUGCGUAUUGCUUGUCUCUGAUCAUAACGGUCGGCAUGAAGGAAUGCUUGUUGGAAAUCGUAGUCUAUUGCAUCGUGGGCGCUCUGAUGUGUCCUAUGAUCGCCUUAUCAUUCCGAUCGAGGCACAUCGCCAAAAACACCUAUUUGCCGAUCAUGCUGUCUUGGAUGAUCAUUGUGCUUUUGGUCGUUUGUGAUCUGACCAUACCUCUAUUUUACGUUUUCACUUAUGCCGAAGAUAUUCCACCGAUAAGACCGGCAUACGCGACGCAUUCGCUUCUCGCAUGCUACGUGUUCCUACCGAUCACAAAGAAUUCGCACGCUCUCGUGCUCGGCCUUACAGCCAGCAUGUGUUACUUGGCGACCCUGUCAAUAAUCACCUAUAACAGCACGUCCGAUCACAUUACCAAGAUCGUCAGCGAUGCGAUAUACUUCAUGUGCGUGAACGCUCUGGGACUCUACUUCAGGUUCAUGAACGAGGUCGUCAUCAGACGCUCCUUCCUGGACCGUCGGAAAUGCGUCGAGUCCACGCUCAGGCUCAAUUAUGAGAAGGAUCAAGAAGAGCAAUUGACACGGAGUAUAUUGCCACAACACAUAGUGGCGAAAAUCAAAAAGGACUUUCGGGAUAUUUUCAAAUUCAUAGAAGAGCACAAAAAGAGUCCUCCGCCAAAAGGCAGACCAUACUGCGAUUUAUGCGUGGAGACGCACGAUAACGUGAGUAUUUUGUACGCGGACGUAGUGAACUUCUCCGGGUUAACUGUAACGCUGCCGAUACGGAAACUCGUGGAGACGUUGAACGAUCUAUUCGGCAGUUUCGACGAAGCAUCCGAGAGGCACAAUGUACUGAGAAUCAAAUUUUUGGGCGACUGUUACUAUUGCGUGAGCGGCGUGCCCACGCCGAACUCUCAGCAUGCUAAGAGCUGCGUCGAUCUCGGCCUCGAUAUGAUAAAAAUCAUCAACGAGGUGAGGGCGCGAGUCUAUCACGAGAGCGGGGUGGACGUGAACAUGAGAAUUGGCGUGCACUCAGGCAACAUAAUAUCCGGAAUCCUGGGCACAAACAAGUGGCAAUACGACGUUUGGUCGCGCGAUGUGGUGAUAGCGAACAAAAUGGAGCAGACUGGGAAACCUGGCAAGGUCCAUGUUACUCAGCAAACGCUGGAUCUUGUGAACGCGAACGACUACAACUACAUCCCGGUCGAAAGGUUGGAUGACGAGGUCCUUCGAAAAUACGAAAUCCGUAGCUACCUCAUCGCACCUUUGCCAGAAAUGCCGAUACUGUCACCGACGCGACGAACUUUGUUGCAGAACAGCGAGAACAGUUUGAACACCAUUAGUCCGGAUACGCCGACGUUGUCAUAUUCUAUGUCAAACAAGCACUACGUCAAGUUCAACAAUGGGCGUACCAACACCAUCAUCAGCACCAAUUCUAGAACAAGAUUGAUGGUGAACAAUCAGGCGGACGUUUUUGCAAGCACUUACAGACGGAGAACGCACUUCAUGGAUUCUUGUCUACGAGAUUAUCAUCUGAUGUUGAAAGCAGCGGACGCUGAGAUGGAGAACGCAAUUAACCAGAUGCCUCUUAGCAAAUGGGAACAAUGGAGCAAUUGGAAACACAUAAAUCCACUCUUUCUGACAUUUCGGCAAUGGAGUUGGGAGAUUCCAUUCCUGCGUGAACCGGACCCUGUUUUCAAGUUUUACAUCGGCUGCUCUGCUUUCGUGCUCAUCUUCAUGGGAUUUAUGUAUCUUGUGCCCACGUUUAUGCUGCCUCAAUGGCAUCUGCGCACACUUGUCGGUUAUUUUUCGGCAUUGAUGUUUCUGUUCGCUUUAAUACCCCUCACAUGGAUGCACUUCGUAUGGAAUCGCUGCAAGGACCCGCAUGAUGAGCACGAAGGACACGUUCCGCAUCCACGAAACAAACUACUCUACUUUUUUUAUCAAACUAGUGUAAAGGUUGUAUGGAGUGCCCUUCUGAGGACGAUCUUGUACCUGGUGAUUACGAUAAUGCUAGCAGCAUGCGCCAUGCUUGAUAUGAUUUUUGAGUGUAAAAACCACCAUGAAGACUUAUUGGAUGCUAAUGUAACGUCUAGCGUGUCGGAGAUCUCCUCCAAGUUUGACUGCAUAGCUACACCUUGGCAAAUGACAGAAACCUGCUCGUUGGCGAUUCUCACGAGUUUCCUUUUCCUGAGAGUUCACUAUAUCUUGAAAUUCGUGAUAAGCAUCUGCGUGGUAGCCUUUUACGCGUGGAACGUUUGGGUGCACCGAUCUAAUAUAUUUCAGUUAAGCGACACGUGGAAUCCUAACAUGGAGCCUAGACUGGCGCAUAUAUUGUCCGUUUUAUUUCUCACGUUCUCUUUGCAUCUCAUCGAUCGUCAGGCAGAAUAUUUAAGUAGACUGGAUUAUCAGUGGAAACGUCAGUUAACGAAGGAACAGGACGAAGCGUUUCAUACGAGGAAUGCCAAUAAGCUUCUACUUCGUAAUAUCUUACCAGAACACGUUGCGGAGUUUUAUUUGAAUAUGAAUCGAACCGAGGAGAACGAGCCUUAUCACGAGGCUCAUAACAAUGUUGCCGUGAUGUUUGCCUCUCUGACAGAGCUGUCGAUUGUCGAAAGUAACAUUCUCAGCGAUUUGAACGAAAUUAUUUGUGAAUUCGACAAGUUACUUUUCGAACCUAGCUUCAUGUGUCGCAUAGAAAAAAUAAAGGUCGCCGGAACAACAUAUAUGGCAGCUUGCGGAUUGGAAGCGCACCGACGCGGUUCAAUGCACAGCACCGAGAGCGACGAGAGUUGCAGCGACAAUGUGGUCAAGGUGAUGGCGCAAUUCGCCGUACAAAUGAUGUCCGUGCUCGAUAGGAUGAAUGCAAGGUCAUUCACUACAUCGAAACCUCACAAAUUAAGAAUCGGUAUUUCUCACGGAGAGGUGACGGCCGGCGUCGUGGGGGCUCAAAAGCCGUUGUACGAUAUUUGGGGCGAUGCCGUAAACAUGGCGUCCAGGAUGGAUACUACUGGACUAUCAGGAAAAAUACAAGUGACAGCGGAUACGGCUGCUGUCUUGGAGCAACAAGGUGUCAAGUGUCAUCUACGUGGCGAAACAUACGUUAAGCCGAAAGGAGAAGUCACGACGUACUUUGUAGGUAUCGACGAAAAAGGAAUGUUGGAAAGAGUAGAUGCGAGGGAAGAGAGUACCAGUUUGUGACAAACGAUGAAUGACAACUUGAACUAACUUUAGCGAUCAAGUUCUCCCGAUUGAUAAAUCGUCUAAAGCGUGCAGGGUGUAGUCGAACAGUCGCUUUUAAAUAGAAAUGAUAAAAAACUAUGACUAAAGAUUGAAAAUAUGAGAAGAACUUUUCAUUCUUUGAGAUGCACUCUCUAUCCAUAUCUAAUCAAGUUUGAUAUAUGAAGUAUUAUUGUGUUCAGAAAAAUAUUUCUGUAAAACUUGUGGCAUGUAAUGUCCAGUAAUAAUUAUUAAAAAAGACUCAUUUCUGAUCUAUAAUAUCGUAAAUAUAUUAAUGUUUGUAAUGUAAAUAAAGAUAAUCGAUACAAUGAAGAUACUGUAGGAAUAUAGAAGCGACGUACGUUAGCUACACCUUGUCAUGUUUAAGUGACGAGGAAGCGGAGAAACCAAAGAAAGUGAGAGAGACCAAAGAUUGCGAGGCACGAGAUGACAUGAAUCGGUAGUAAAAUAACAUAAGGAGAUAUAUCUCAAAUGAUUUAAGUUGUACGCGAAAACGCGCAAUAAUAGCGUUAUUAUUCCCGCGAAUUGAUUGUUAUCGCCGAGUAACACUUCUAAUCAAAAUGAAAGAGACUAUAUAUAUUCCGUGUACGCGCAAUUAAAACUACGACAAAGUUUUUGUUAGAGUAUCAUGUCCGAAAGAUAUCCGCAUCGAGCUAUUUUACGUGAUGCACUGUAAUUAAUUGCUGUUAUUGGAUCGGCUCGAUUUCCAUGUAGCACGCGAUUCUAGGAUAUUCCGAUUUGCUCAGAACGUCGAGAAGAAUAUAUUAAGACAUCUAAUGUCACACUAACAACUUUAAGGACGUAGCUCUAAUUAACAACAAUAUUUCUGACACCUGUAUCUCCGUAUAGAAAUCCAAAGGUAUACAAUAUUAAAAUGUAAAGUGUAAAAUGACGUGAAGAGUUUAUCCCAAUAUAAAAAACUAUAAAUACCUUUAAGAAAUAUUCUAAAAACAUCCGCGUGUAUCCUAAGGAUAUCCCAUAUGUACAGUCGUUAAUUUAACGGCUGAGUAAUUACACAAUAAUGUUAAUCUUAUCGCAAGUACCUACAUAUUAAAUUAUAAAUCAAAUCUGAACGUCCGAAGAUUCUUAAGGAUAUGUCCGCUGGAUAUUCUUGGGACUAUAUUUUGCUAUAUGUCGAAAGAGUGAUAUUGGAAAAUCGUGCUCGUUGAAUUGAUCUGUUUGGUUAAAAAUAGAAUGAUACAAUCGAAAAACAGGAAAUCCCAAAUAGCAUAGCAGUGCCUGCAAAGCGCUAAAAACGCGAUUAUAUCUUUUUUUUCAGCGCUUUGUUAACGCUUUGUAAACGUUGUGUGCUACUUGAGUUUAAUAUCUGUUUCUCUAACAUGUAUCUAUCGGCCAAAUAAAUGACAACAUGUUGCGAUAAAAUAUUGUGAGGCGAAAAAACUAUUUUUUUUUACUUCGCAAUUAAAGCAAGCGAAAGAAAUUGCGACGAGCUUGAAAUCAAUUCAAGAAUACUAGUUGUCAAUUCAUAAGCGCGCAUCACAAAACUAACAACGCACGUCUAUCUUUUUCUUGCGUUUGCGUAUUUUCCUGAGUGUUGCGACUCAUUAUUUUACGAUUGCGAUUGCGUGUCGUAAGAUAUAAAGAUUAUGAGGAGGAAAUGCGUUACGACAUAUUUAUUUUUAUAUCAAAUGCAGUAACGACGGAUCGUUUGUUUAUUUGUAAAUAUCUUUUGUAUAUAUUUUUUAAAUAUUAGAAAUAAUUCACUAAUGUGAUUGU